AUGCGCCCCCCGUCUCCUUCCCCGCGCUCCCCCUCCGUCCUAUCCGAGCGACGGAUCCUGAGGAGGCUAUCGGGCUUAUCCUCGCCCGUCGACCAGCAGCCCUCCCCCGAUAACCAACCGACCGCCAUCACCGAGGAGAUCAGCGAGAUCAAACGAUACGAGGAUUUCACCACCAUCGACUGGGUGCAGGAUGCCGUGCAGGAACAAGCGCGACGCCGAGCGAAGCGUCGCGACGGCUCGGGCUUCUGGGACCAAGAAGGCACCUUUGGCUGGCGACGAAAGGUGCGCGAGUCCUACGACGCCGGACAGGCCUGGCUCGUCAUCACCAUCGUCGGCGCGGCCAUUGGAUUGAUCUCGGCGCUCUUGAACAUCAUCACCGAGUGGCUGUCCGACAUCAAACUGGGUCAUUGCACCACGGCGUUCUAUCUCAACGAGAACUUCUGCUGCUGGGGCGCAGAGGGAGGCUGUUCUGAAUGGAAGCAUUGGACCUCGCUCUGGCUCGUGAACUAUAUCAUAUACAUCUUCUUCGCGGUCCUCUUUGCCUUCGUCGCCGCCAAUCUCGUCAAAUCGUUCGCUCCGUAUGCCGCAGGCUCCGGCAUCUCCGAGAUCAAAUGUAUUAUUGCGGGGUUUGUGAUGAAAGGGUUCUUGGGCGCAUGGACACUCCUGAUCAAGUCCAUUGCGCUUCCGCUGGCCAUCGCAUCUGGCCUCUCUGUCGGAAAAGAGGGACCCAGUGUUCAUUUCGCUGUUUGCGCAGGAAAUGUGAUAUCCCGGUUUUUCAGCAAGUAUAGACGAAAUGCAUCUAAGACUAGAGAGGUCUUGACAGCGACAGCCGCGGCCGGCGUGGCCGUCGCAUUUGGCAGUCCAAUUGGAGGCGUGCUCUUCUCCUUAGAAGAAGUCGCAUCGUAUUUUCCACUUAAAACACUAUGGCGAAGCUACUUUUGCGCAUUGGUUGCGACUGGUGUUUUGGCUGCAAUGAAUCCCUUUAGAACCGGACAAUUGGUCAUGUUUCAAGUACAAUACGAUCGCACGUGGCAUUUCUUCGAGCUGAUCUUCUUUGUCUUCAUCGGCAUUUUUGGCGGUCUGUACGGAGCGCUUGUCAUCAAGUGGAACCUCCGCGUCCAGGCAUUCCGCAAGAAGUACCUGUCUCAGCAUGCGGUCAUGGAGUCCGUCGUUCUGGCUGGUGUCACAGCCGUUCUAUGUUUCCCGAACAUGUUUUUGAAGAUUAACAUGACGGAGAUGAUGGAGAUUUUGUUCCGCGAGUGUGAGGGCGGCCAUGAUUACCACGGACUUUGCGAACCUAAACGUCGCUGGUAUAUGGUCGGAUCACUAGCUGCCGCCACCUUCCUCCGGAUCUUCCUGGUCAUCAUUUCCUACGGGUGUAAAGUGCCGGCCGGAAUCUUCGUGCCAUCGAUGGCCGUGGGCGCGUCGUUCGGGCGCCUGGUCGGAAUCCUUGUGCAAGCGCUACACGAGUCCUUCCCGGACUCCCAGUUCUUUGCCGCGUGCGAUCCUGACGUUCCGUGUAUCACGCCUGGCACGUACGCCUUCCUCGGUGCGGGUGCAGCGCUGAGUGGGAUCAUGCAUUUGACUAUCUCGGUGACGGUCAUCAUGUUUGAAUUGACCGGCGCGCUGACCUACAUUCUUCCCACGAUGAUCGUCGUCGGCGUCACCAAAGCAGUCGGCGACCGUUUCGGCAACGGCGGCAUCGCAGACCGCAUGAUCUGGUCGAACGGAUUCCCCUUCCUCGACAACAAAGAAGACCACGUCUUCAACGUGCCCGUCUCCCACGCCAUGACCAGCGACCCGCUGUCACUGCCAGCCUCCGACUUCCCCGUCCGCGAAGCCGAGCACCUCCUCAGCGACAACAAAUUCCAAGGCUUCCCCAUCGUCGAGGACCGCUCCUCCAAGAUCCUCGUCGGAUACAUCGGACGCACCGAACUCCGCUACGCGAUCGACCGCGCCCGCACCGAGGGCAUGGUUUCGCCGUCCGCGCGCUGCGUCUUCACCAAGGAAGCGGCCGACGCGGCGGUGGCGCGGCGGGCGUCCGCGUCUUCCUCCUCGCGCGCCAACCUCGUCCCGGACACCUUCGACGCCAUCCACCGCAGCUCGGGCACCACGUCUGUGGACUUCAGCCGCUACGCCGACCACACGCCCCUCACCGUGCAUCCGCGCCUGCCACUCGAGACGGUCAUGGAGAUCUUCAAGAAAAUGGGCCCACGCGUCAUCCUCGUCGAGCACCGCGGACGACUUACGGGUCUUGUCACUGUCAAGGACUGCCUCAAGUACCAGUUCAAAGUGGAGGCCGAGGAACAGGCCCUCGCGGCAACCAACAACCCCCAGGAACUGCGGCUGGGCGAGCACCUGCAUGGACAGGGCGAUACGCUGGAAGAGCGGCUGUGGAGUUUUGUGCAGUCGUUGGCCUCGAAGAUACCUGGUCGGAAGGCUAGUCGACCGGAUGGGUAUCAUGGGGUGCGCGGCGGGGAGCGCGGGGAGCAAAAUCCUGGGGGCGUGGAGUUGGAGGAUAGGCAGUAA